AUGGACAAAUCUCGCCUGCGCGUGAUUAUAUGGAAUGAAUUCAAACGCGGAAAUACUGCGGCAGAAACCUUCAGAAUCAUAAACGAAAAUGUGGGUAAGAAUGUUGUGAGUUAUUCUACGGUGACCAGAUGGUUCGCAAAGUUUCGUGUGGACGAUGAGAAGCUUGAAGACAAACCACGUGCAGGAAGACCCAGCAAACUUGACAAAGAUGCGCUGAGGCGCAAGAUUGAAGAUGACCCACAUAUUACAAUCCGGGAGUUAGAAGAGUUAAUAAACUGUGGAAAAAGUACCAUUGGUGAUCAUUUGAAGGCAAUGGGUAUGGUCAAAAAGUUCCGAAGCCAGAAUUGCACGAAAAGAAGCUUAUGGUGACUGUCUGGUGGUGUAGCUCUGGAGUGAUCCAGUACGAUUUCAUGAAACCUGGCCAAAGUAUUACGGCCGACACCUACUGUGCCCAGAUUGACAAACUGCGACACAAUCUUCCAACAAUGGUCAGAAGGAGGGUCCGACCAUUCUGCAGGAUAACGCACGGCCCCAUGCUGCAAAGAAGACCGUGGCAAAAUUCAGGGAACUGGGAUACGAAGUCUUGGAGCACCCUCCUUAUUCUCCAGACUUGGCUCCAACGGACUUUCACCUUUUUAAACACUUGUCUUCGUUUCUUAAUGGAAGAAUCUUCAAAAUUCCAGACGAUGCCAAGAAUGCCUUCAAGAACUUCAUCAACUCCAGAAACCCGGAAUUCUACAAUCGUGGAAUAAAAAAGCUUGUAAAUCGUUGGCAAGACUGUAUUGAUUCAGACGGUAAUUACUUUGAUUGA